AUGCUAUCCAAGCCCGGAGGCAAUGAGGCCACACUUGAUGCUGUCACGCCGACAACCAUGGCUCAGCAUUUGGCCACCGGGCUUACGAACGCCAAUGUUCAGAAUGUUGCCAUCCAGCAGGUGACGAGCACGCAGACGGCAGUGACCAACGAACUUCCCACCACUUCAUCGAGCGCUGCUGCCACCACAGCAGGUGCGACCACAACGGCUUCUUCCGGCUCAGGAGGUACUACCAACCAGGGCGGAGGAGAUGACACCACCGUGAUUGUGGUCAUCAUCGUCCUGUGCGUUGCGGCAGGGCAUUCCAAAGCUUCGAUUUUCUAUGGUGCCGAUGAGUACCUGGAAGAGCUGAAGAAGAAGUAUGAGCGUGAUCACGAAAUCGCAACUUUGAAGGGUGCCCAGCCGGAUGAAGGUGACCCGCACGCAAGCAACGUGAAGAAGAGCAAGGACAAGAUCCUGUCCGUGGAGAAGAACGACGAGAACAGGAGCUUGAAGACAGGCCGACUCUUCCCAAUUCCGAACAAGCCCGACCCCAUGCCACCACAGCUGGCGUUCUUGUUCACCAAGAUCACCCCUGAGCAGAUGAUCUACAUGUGGAACGUAUUGACCACCAUUUUCGUUGUUCAGUGCCUGAUGAUCAUCAGCUACUGCUUUGCGCUGGCAUCCUUCCCAGAGAGUUUCUGGACCUGCACACUAUGCUUCGCUGUGCCCUUUGCAUACAUCUGCAUCCAACAGAUCUACAUCGAUCACGACGUGAUGCAUGGGGUGACCUUCCCACCGUACGAGUUCCAGAAGUUCUUGACGCACCCAUUCUCGGACUUCAUCUCACUUCCCUGGGAGGAGUUUGUUUUGGAGCAUGCGCGCCACCAUGCAAGCACUGUGGAUCUGCUGAUGCAAGGCGAGUUUGGUUGGGACCCCGAGGAGUUCCACUACGCGCUGCAGCAGUGGGCAGGACCCAUGGGCCCCAACUGGUACAAGUACCUGCUGACCGUGCCCUGGAUCCCAGUGAUCCAUUUUUUUGGCCUCAACGACACAGGCUCGCUCUUCGCUUUGGAGUGGUGGAUGAGCUUUCCUGAGGCCGACGCCAGCGGCAAGUGCAACAAGGAGUUUUGGUCGAAAUGGUUUCCGCGCAGGGUGAAGCACAAUGCCUUCGUCUGGUUCAUGUGGACUCUUGUCUGGCUAUUGGGUACCUACCCCCUCGGGCGACCGCUCAGCGAGGGUUGGCGCUUUGUCCUGCCAGUGACCUGUGCCGCGCGAACUGGCUUCUCCUUGGCCUGGAUGUUCAUUACCAACUUCACGCACUCAUUGCCCUGGAACAAGUUCUUGGAGAACGAUCCGGGUCGCACGUGGCCGGUGUUGCACAACGUUAUGGCACUGGCCGUGGGAGGGAAGCACCGCUGGAAUGAGAUGCUUUUCCAUGACGUCCACCACACCUUCCCAAAUGCUUUAGGAACCCUCAGCCAGCGGGGGCGCUUCCAUGGCUGGAAGAAGGUUCACGACGCCGCGGUGGAGGUCCUGUACCGUGGUCUCUGGCGGGAGAAUGGCGAUGAGGAGACAGAAAUGCAGAAGAGCGCGAAAAAGAGGUCCAUGCUGAUGAAGCAAGGGGCAAGCAAGU